AUGAGGUUUUUUUUGGGAAUGGAGGAAAGGGAUGUUGUUAGUUGGAACUCUAUGGUUGGUGGGUUGGUUAAAUGUGGUGAUUUUGAUGGUGCUUUGAAACUGUUUGAUGAAAUGCCUGAGAGAGAUAUGGUUAGUUGGAAUACGGUUUUGGAUGGGUUUGCGAAGGCGGGGGAAAUGGAGAAGGCUUUUGAUGUGUUUGAGAGAAUGGGUGAAAGGGAUAUAAUUUCUUGGUCUACUAUGGUUUGUGGUUAUAGUAAAAAGGGUGAUAUGGAUAUGGCGAGGAUGUUGUUUGAUAGGUGUCCUAUGAAGAAUUUGGUGUUGUGGACAACGAUAAUAUCUGGGUAUGCUGAGAAGGGUCAGGUGAAGGAGGCAAUAGGGUUGUAUGAUGAAAUGGAGGAGGCUGGGUUGAGGCCUGAUGAUGGGUUUUUGAUAAGUAUUUUGGCUGCGUGCGCCGAAUCGGGAAUGCUUGGUUUGGGGAAGAAAAUUCAUGAUUCAGUUCAGAAGUGUAGGUUUAGGUGUAGCACUAAGGUGUUGAAUGCUUUUAUUGAUAUGUAUGCAAAGUGUGGUUGUUUGGAUGCUGCGUUUGGUGUUUUUAGCGGAAUGAAGGUGAAGAAAGAUUUGGUGUCAUGGAAUUCAAUGAUACAUGGGUUUGGCAUACAUGGACAUGGUGAGAAAGCGAUCGAGCUUUUCACUAGGAUGGUACACGAAGGUUUUGAGCCUGAUAGGUGUACGUUCGUCAGCCUUUUAUGUGCCUGCACCCACGAAGACCUUGUUAACGAAGGGCGUAAUUACUUUUGUUUGAUGGAGAGAGUAUACGGGGUUGUUCCUCAAAUCGAGCAUUACGGUUGCAUGACUGAUCUUCUCAGCCGUGGCGGGCAUCUAAAAGAAGCUUUUAGGCUUAUGUGCACAAUGCCUGUGAAACCAAAUGCCAUUAUAUUAGGUACUCUUUUGGGUGCUUGUCGUAUGCAUAAUGAUGUAGAACUUGCAAGAGCUGUAUGUGAACACCUGUUUAAAUUGGUACCAUCGGAUCCUGGGAAUUUCUCGCUUCUGAAAGAUUUUGUGAGAAUGAUGCAAGUUUCAUCUAGUGUUCGUGUCUUCACAUGGUUCUCUCUUCGAAAACACUUAGAGGAUAACCUCACCAAUCUCCACAAAUGCACCAACCUUCACUUUGUUAAACAAAUCACACUCAACUCAUCAAACCACGCUCAACUCAUCAAAUCCUCUCUUCACCAAGACCUUUACAUUGCUCCAAAACUCAUCUCUGCUUAUUCCCUCAAUUCUCACAUAACUUAUGCUGUUAAUGUCUUUAAUCAAGUUCCUGACCCCAAUGUUCAUCUUUAUAACUAUCUCAUUAGAGCACAUGUGAGAAAUAAUAAUGAUAAUGAUAAUAAUGAUGAUUUCAACACUUCUUUUGCUAUCGAAACUUUUUUAAAGAUGCAGGUUAAUGGUGUUUCUGAUAAUUUUACUUACCCUUUUGUUUUGAAGGGUUGUAAUGGUCGUAAAUGGUUGAGUUUGGUGAAAAUGGUGCAUGCCCAUGUUGAAAAAUUGGGUUUUUAUGGUGAUAUUUUUGUGCUCAAUUCUUUGAUUGAUUGUUAUUGUAGGUGUGGGAGUGUUGACACAGCGAUGAGGUUUUUUUUGGGAAUGGAGGAAAGGGAUGUUGUUAGUUGGAACUCUAUGGUUGGUGGGUUGGUUAAAUGUGGUGAUUUUGAUGGUGCUUUGAAACUGUUUGAUGAAAUGCCUGAGAGAGAUAUGGUUAGUUGGAAUACGGUUUUGGAUGGGUUUGCGAAGGCGGGGGAAAUGGAGAAGGCUUUUGAUGUGUUUGAGAGAAUGGGUGAAAGGGAUAUAAUUUCUUGGUCUACUAUGGUUUGUGGUUAUAGUAAAAAGGGUGAUAUGGAUAUGGCGAGGAUGUUGUUUGAUAGGUGUCCUAUGAAGAAUUUGGUGUUGUGGACAACGAUAAUAUUUGGGUAUGUUGAGAAGGGUCAGGUGAAGGAGGCAAUAGGGUUGUAUGAUGAAAUGGAGGAGGCUGGGUUGAGGCCUGAUGAUGGGUUUUUGAUAAGUAUAUUGGUUGCGUGCUUCGAAUCGGGAAUGCUUGGUUUGGGGAAGAAAAUUCAUGAUUCAGUUCAGAAGUGUAGGUUUAGAUGCAGCACUAAGGUGUUGAAUGCUUUUAUUGAUAUGUAUGCAAAGUGUGGUUGUUUGGAUGCUGCGUUUGGUGUUUUUAGCGGAAUGAAGGUGAAGAAAGAUUUGGUGUCUUGGAAUUCAAUGAUACAUGGGUUUGGCAUACAUGGACAUGGUGAGAAAGCGAUCGAACUUUUCACUAGGAUGGUACACGAAGGUUUUGAGCCUGAUAGGUGUACGUUCGUCAGCCUUUUAUGUGCCUGCACCCACGCAGGCCUUGUUAACGAAGGGCGUAAUUACUUUUGUUUGAUGGAGAGAGUAUACGGGGUUGUUCCUCAAACCGAGCAUUACGGUUGCAUGAUUGAUCUUCUCAGCCGUGGCGGGCAUCUAAAAGAAGCUUUUAGGCUUCUAUGCACAAUGCCCGUGAAACCAAAUGCCAUUAUAUUAGGUACUCUUAUGGGUGCUUGUCGUAUGCAUAAUGAUGUAGAACUUGCAAGAGCUGUAUGUGAACACCUGUUUAAAUUGGCGCCAUCAGAUCCUGGGAAUUUCUCGCUUCUGUCGAAUAUUUACGCUCAAGCUGGAGAUUGGAUUAACGUUUCCAAUGUACGGUUGCAGAUGAAGAAUCAAGGAGGUCAAAAGCCUUCUGGGGUUAGUUCCAUAGAGGUAGAAGAAGAAGUACAUGAGUUUACUGUACUUGAUCAGUCACACCCUAAAUCAGGUGAUAUAUAUAAUAUGAUUGAUAGAUUGGUACAAGACCUAAGGCAGGUUGGAUAUGUUCCUGGCGUAUGAUGGAUGAAUAUGAUUCUGUUACAUUACUAUGCACAGCUGAAAUGAUACUUGUAGUUCAAGAAAUGAAUACCAUAAUGUAGUCAUGCAGAAUGCUGGUUUACUAUAUGUAAAGAAAUUGUCAUAUUCAUCGCCGCAUUUCACUGGUUUUGC